GUCUUAUAAAGAAGUUCCAGUUGAAAAUACAACUGAAAAAAGUUAUCUAUUUUUAUAAUGAACACAUAAAUUUAUAUAAGAACAGUAUGCAAUGUAGCAAGAGAGACUAUGGGUUACCACAAUGCUGAUAAGAAUGAAAAAGCAGACUUUGGUUGUGUUGGUGAUAAUAGGAGCAUUUCCAACAUGUAUUUUGGUUUACUUAGCUUUAACAACUGAUGAAAUUCCUAAAUAUGAUGGCCAAGCCGGGCAAAUUUUGGAGUCCAGACUUGCACAGAGAUUGAAAGAAGCUGAUCAGGAAAAUAAAGUCCUUAGGAAGCAACUAAGUAAAACAAGAAAUAAACUAUUAGGCCUACAGAUGAGUAUUGCUGUACAGAAUGGCACAACAUAUGGUGGCAAUAAAACCCUACUAAGGUGUCUGAAUGCUGAACUAGAAAUACCCAAGUGUGAGGUAAUACACAUAGCGAUUGUAUGUGCUGGACACAGUGCCACAAGGAGUGUUGUCACAUUGAUUAAAAGUGUACUGUUCUACAGAAAGAAUCCUCUCCACUUCCACUUUAUAUCAGAUCAUAUAGCUCAACUAAUUUUAAGUCGUCUGUUUGACACAUGGAAUGUUCCUGAAGUAAAUGUCAGUUUUUACUCAACAGACAAAGUUCAGGAAGAUGUAGUAUGGAUAUCUAAUAAACAUUACUCUGGGGUGUUUGGUCUGAUGAAGUUAACAUUACCAAAAACUUUACCAAAAAAUCUCUCCAAGGUUAUAGUAUUAGAUACAGAUGUGACAUUUGCUACAGAUAUAGCUGAGCUGUGGAAAAUAUUCAGCAUUCUAAAAGGGAAAAAGACUAUAGGACUGGUAGAGAACCAAAGUGACUGGUACCUUGGUAAACUUUGGAAGAAUCACAGACCAUGGCGAGCUCUGGGUAGAGGUUUCAAUACUGGAGUUAUCUUACUUGACUUACAAAAGUUACGUGAUAUGGGAUGGAUGGAAUUAUGGACUAAAGUAGCCCAGGAAGAAUUACAGACUAUGUUAUAUACUUCAUUAGCAGAUCAGGAUAUAUUUAAUACAGUAUUAAAACUUCAUCCCUAUCUGUUGUAUCAGUUACCCUGUCAGUGGAAUGUACAAUUAAGUGAUAACACUCGUAGUGAACAAUGUUACAGUGAAAUCUCUGAUCUCAAGAUAAUCCACUGGAAUUCACCAAAGAAAUUAAAAGUAAAAAUUAAGCAUUUAGAAUUUUUCCACAAUUUGUAUCUGACUUUCCUGGAGUAUGAUGCCAAUUUGUUGAGACGUGAAUUGUUUGGAUGUGAUAACAGUCAAGAAAACCCUAUUGAACAGCAGUUGAGUGCUUUGAAUGAAGAUGAUGAAUGUUAUGAUUUUCGAAGAGAACGUAUCCUUGUACACCGUACACACUUGUAUUACCUGGACUUCGAUUACCAACCAACAGAAUGGGAUGUGACAUUAGUGGCACAACUAAGCAUGGAUAGACUUCAAAUGCUAGAAACAAUCUGUAGACAUUGGGAAGGCCCUAUCAGUCUAGCUCUUCACAUGUCUGAUGCAGAGGCUCAACAAUUCUUACGAUAUGCUCAGGAAUCAGAAGUAUUGAUGCAGAGGAAAAAUAUAGGAUAUCAUGUAGUUUAUAGAGAUGGGCAAUAUUAUCCAGUCAACUAUUUACGUAAUGUAGCUUUAAAACAAGUCAAUACGCCAUAUGUGUUCCUGUCUGAUGUAGAUUUCCUACCCAUGCAUGGAUUAUAUGAAUAUUUAAAGAAGGCUUUACCAUUGAUGGAUAUGGAAAACAGUAAAAAAGCAUUAAUUGUUCCAGCAUUUGAAACACAAAGGUACAGAAUAGACUUUCCUAAAUCUAAGGCAGAAUUACUGUCACAGCUGGACAUGGGUGAUCUCUUCACAUUUAGAUUUCAUGUUUGGCCAAAAGGACAUGCACAGACUAAUUAUGCCAAAUGGAGGAUUUCUACACAGCCUUACAAGGUUGAAUGGAACCAUGAUUUUGAACCUUAUAUAGUUGUCGGUAAAGACAUUCCAAAGUUUGACCAAAGAUUUGUUGGGUUUGGAUGGAACAAAGUCUCGCAUAUAAUGGAGUUAGAUGUUUUAGGAUAUGAGUAUUACGUCUUACCUAAUGCCUUUAUGAUCCACAUGCCUCAUGCUCCUAGCUUUGACAUUGCCAAAUUUAGAUCAAGUUCUAACUACAGGAGAUGUCUUAAAUUGCUCAAAGCUGAAUUUAAACGAGACCUUUCAUUGAAACAUGGAUUGAAAGCUUUAAAAUAUUUGUCAAAUGAUUGAUUUUACAAGAAACAGAAGCCAAUGUGAAAUGAAAAGUAACAAAUGGAAGAUGUGGGAGAAUAUAUUGUUUCAGUUUUAUUCAUGUAGUCAGAAAGUAAUUCACACUAUAUUGAGAUGCAGCUUACAAAAUGCAUUUACAAACUAUCAAGGGAGACCAUACAAAUACAUAAAUAUAAAAUAGUCUGUCUAAUAACAAAGGAGAGAGAAAAAGAGAUCUAUUUAAGUUUGGAGAACUUCUGCUUACCACUGAGAAAAUGAAUUGCAUAUAUUUUAAAUGUGACAUCUAAAAAGGCAGUGGUGAAAACUGAGUAGAAAAGUGUGACAAGGAGAAACAAAUUGAUACAAAUCAUAUCCUAUUGAUUCAUUGUAUUGAAGUGAUUGCAGCAUUUGAGUAAGGUUGAUUAAAGUCAGAGUUGUACAUUUUUUAAACAGGUUGAAUAUGAAAGUGCAAUAAUGUAUAUGUGAAACAAAUAUCUGGUAUAUAGAUAAAGAGAACUCUGUUUUGAAUAUGUAAAUGUGUAAUUUUAGCUGCAGUUUGGCAGGAAGGAUCUGCAUUUUAGUCAUUUAACUUGGUUUAAGUGGUUUUGACUCUUUUUCUGUGUUUAUUUAUAUUAUAUAUGAUAUUACUAAGUGUUUUAUAUACAUAGCUAUAGGUAUGUACAGGUGAAUCUUAAAACUGUUCCUGUUUAGAGAAGAAAUACAUAAUUGAGGUAGUAUCUCAUCAAAUACUAACAAGUUGAAGGGAGCUUUACUAAUAAUGACUUUAAUUUGAUAUACAGAAAAUUAUGUACAUGAUAAUUUUCUUUUUUGCAAAUAAUCAAUUCCUUUUUUCUUAAAUUUAAAGAUAUUUAACCAUUUGAUAUGUAUUUAAACCAAUAUUACUCUUUUUAAAUCAGUUUACUACUGAAGAUUCUACUUCUGAGUAACCUCCCAUUGGACAUUGAGCAACCAACAAACAAUCAAUCUGAGUAACCUCAGUACCACCACCUGAGGGAUUUGGGUUUCUGUGCCUGAUAUAAUGACAAAAGAGCAUGAAAUGAAAUUAUUUAUUACUAACGCUUGCAAAAAAUUGUAUACCUACCAAUACAUUUUUUGGUUGUAAAGGAGAAAUUUUAAAAAGUAUGCUUACUUUGUUCCAGAUAUGGACUUUUCGUACAUUUUUAUCUAUAGAAUUAUACGGAAGAAGAAGUCUAUCACUCAUUGACUUUAAGCAGCACUUGAAUCUAUAAAUUCAUUUGUUAACUUUGAUCUCGUCCAUGCUCUGCCAUUGUAAUUUCACUAAACAUAAUAAAUCUCAGGAAUCAUUUAUUGAGUCUUCAGCCACUUCAACAAUUUCACUCAACAAGUUCACUCAUCAUCACAUUGAUGAUGUUAUGUUUGGUAAAUAAUAUUUCCAAAACUAUGUGUACCCUAUGAGUACAUUUUUAUUAUAUUUCUUUAAACAUAUUUGUCAAGAGUUUUUGAUUGUGUAAGUUAGAUGCACAUGUCUGGGUAUACUUCAUUAUGGACCAUUGGACCAAUCUUAAAUUUACUUUGAAAAAAAGGUCUGACCCUGGUAAAAAAUCUCCCGGAUUCCAUUUGUAAUAUACUACUUUCGGAUCAUUUAUUCACAGAUAUCUUAAACAUAUGUUUUUGAUGAUUUUGUUAAUGGCAACAACAAUGGGUUUCUCAUUGAAAUAAACCCCCACAUCUGCUUCAUAGUAGUCAUAGUGAAUAUUCAGUCAGGUGUUUUAUUGACUUUUGAAAAUUAAUGAUUGACCAAAUAAAAUUAUAAUCAUCCAAACUGGAACACCAUACAAACAAAAUUGAUUAUAAAUUGUUUUGAAAAUACAUUUUAAAUGUUAUCAUAACCCUGCUUCAAAUGAGUCUCGGUAUUAUGUCUGUACUUCGUUGACUCUGUCUCUAACACAUUUUUCUCAGCAACUGCAAAUCAGAGUUUCUUGAUAUUUGUUAAAUUAUUUUGUAUUGGUAAGCUGUACUGUCAUUGACGGUGUUUGGCAUAUGCAUUACUUUUCACUCAAAACCAAGAGUAUAAACUAUUGAACAGUUGCGCUCACUUCAUUUUGUUUAAACAGAUCACAUGAUUUGACUGAAAAGUACACAGUGCUAUAAAAUAUGUACACUGAGUUUAUGAUGAAAAAGGUUGUUUAUAGUUCUGUGAUAUAAUUUUAUGUACAAUUUGAGUGACUUUGUUAUACACAUUUUUAUGUGCAUGUAUGACUGUGUUUUUGUUAUCUGAAAGUUUGUAUAACAUGAACAAUAUGUGUUUUGCAUUUAAAGAGAUUUUUAUACGUCAAAACAACACCUGAUGAAAACUUUAUAUACAAUAAUUUAAUCAGUUUUAAUUUUGUUAAUUGUUUAUUUCUGUAUCCCUAUUUUCAUAUGAAAUAAUUUACAGAUUCACUGUUUCCUUGAAUGCUCAACAGUUAAUUGUUGCCAUGUAAAAAUAUUAAUUUGGAAGAAUUUGACAGAACAAUUCCAAGUAUGUACUUUAACAUUUUACUUCAUUUUCAUAAAUAAUUUUGGAACAAGUUGAACCAGUCACAAUUUUAAUAUGUAGAAAGUUUAUCUUAUCAAUUUCUUUACAGAUUUAUCCUUUUAAAGGUUGUAAAACAAUUGAAAUGGAAUUAUAUUAACUUUAUUAAAAAAAAAUCAGGUUAUUUCUUAAGUUAACUUUCUUUAGUGCUUAGUUAUUAUCUAUAGCUGUUUAACAAAAAAAAAUAUUGUGAUUAACACUGAAAUGUUCAUGAGUUACAAAAAUGGUUUCUCCUAAGAUUUUUUUUUUUAGGAGAGGCUCUAUAACUAGAAUUAUAUUUAUGGAUACAUUUAUCAGUAUUGAAAUGAUUCAAGCACUCAUGAGCCUCUAGUGUUGUAACAUAAGAAGAAGAUUAGAUUCUUUCUAUACAUGACAAGCAUAGUAAACAAAAAGAUUUACUGAUGUUUAUUUUAUCAUUUUGAAAAGAAUUAAGAAACCUAAAAAAAGAUGUUUUAUUUAUUAAAAUACUUUGGUGAAAAUUUGCAAAUUAAUCCUGCAUUCAAAUAAGUUAACUGGUAAAACAGUUUCUGUUUUCAACAGGAUAUUCAGUCACCUUGAGAUUGAAAUUAAUUGUUCAUUACCUUUUACCACAAAUCAUCUACAAUGAGAUUGUUGCUACAUAAAAGUAAAGUAUGAAGUAUGCUUAUUUCUUUUUGUAACACUUUUGAAAAAUUUAUAUUGUUUACUUUUAUGGGUUGUUACUAAUAAAACAAACUUCUUGAGUUGCAAACCUUUUAACGUGACUACCUUUUAUAGGAUUUCACCAUUAAAAUGACUAGAAGAAACGUUUCAAUUGUUUCAAAUCAUGCAUCUGAAAUCUUUUGGAUUUUUAGAUACAUUAAUUUUAUCAUCUGUCAUUAAAUGGUUAUCAUUACUUUUAUCAAUAAAUGGUGCUAUAUUGAACACUUGUUAUAGUUUUGUUUGGAUCCAACUUUGCAUUUUUCUUGUCCUGGGACUAAGCAUGGUAUGUACAGUAUUGUAGAUGAUUUUAGAGGAUGAAAAUUAUUCGUAUGGGAAGUUCAUACAUUUUCACAUUGUAUUAUAAUUUUCAUAAUUUUGAGAUAUAUUGACGAGCAUGAUGAGAACUAUGAAAUAUUUCAAAUUAAAGACUGCUAGUUUAUUAGAAGUUUGAGGAUCACAAUUUUAUAUUUUCAAUACUACAAAACACUUUUUUGAAAUUUCAAAUUACUUGCCAAAAGAGAGGUCUACUCAUCCUUAUUGAGCAUUUCUGUUUUAAAUGACAUUUCAUUAAAUUUCCAGUGACACAUGUAUAAGUUAUUGACACUAAUGCUCUAGUAUUUAUUAUUAUAGUUAUUUAAUAACCUGCUGUUCUUGUUGUUAUCUACUUUAGAGGAAAAGGAUAACAUAUGGUAAUUCCGUUUUUAUUUGGGUAUGAAAGAUUGUAUGAAAUGCAAUUAAAACCCUCUUGCCACUGUCUUGAUAGUUAAAUUUUCAAGGCUUCAUCUCUAUCUUUAAGAGCACAUACACCUUAGUGCUGUGAAGUUAACAUUCUUAAGAUUCAACCCUUGUAAUUUGUUAUCAUUACUACUAUUACAAGAAUGCUUUCGUGCAAAUUUUUAAAUAAAAGUUUUUGUAUA